AUGGACCAAAACAAUAUCAACUGCCUACAUCCAACUCCAGCGGAAGUAAUGGAUCCAGAAAACUCCUUUAAGCGUUAUUUGAACUCUCGCCGGGUUGUUCAGGAUGUUCUUCGUCCGAUUCUGAUAAGACACCUCUUAGAUAUGGAUAAUAUCGAGAAUACUAUCGUAACAACAUCGAGGAGCCCACUUCAGGAUCAUAUUAAAAAUCGGAUCUACGAUUGGGCUACGUCUUCUCACCAGGAUGCAAUUUGGAUCCAAGGUCCUCACGGGGCGCCAUACCCUAGUCAAAAUACCUUGACGGCUAUAUUCAUUAAGGCGCUAUCAAAAGAUCUUGAGAUCCCGUGCGUAUCUUACUUCUGCUCGCUCAGACUUCAUGGCGUACCUCUUGGCCAGGACGGCCUAUCAACGCUCUCUUGUCAGGAGUUGCUAUUGGAAAUGGUCAAGUCCAUUGUUGCACAGCUUGCCAAUUUCCUGCCUAGGCUGAUAUUUCGCGGAGUCGAUCCGUCCAUCGCGCGUAUCGUCAGUUUGAUUAAUCCCGAAGCAGAUAUUAGCGUUGCGCUGGAAAUAUUAAGAGAGAUUCGAAAUGCUGCUCCGCUUCGCCUACACUGCAUUAUUGAAGGGGUCCAGUUACUCGAGGACCGAAGUAACUUGCGCCAUACACAAAACCUCCGGCGUACGCUUCAUGAACUUUCGAACAUCUCAACACCCAUGCCUUGGCUCCUAGAAGAUGAGGCAUGGGCUACUAAGACAUGUUUUACAAGCGGCGGUUACGUGGAUGCGCUUGCCCAGAUGGUAGAGGAUGGCCAUGUCGACAAAGUAGAAGUAGAAGAAUAAGAAGAAUAAGCUCAUUAUCCUAC